CCUGUGUAUUGCAGUGAACGUCAUGAGGGAAUUACUGAACUGAAUGUGUUCAGCAGCAGCACAGCAACAUUGAAACUGAAAGUGGUUUGAAUUAGGAAGUGCUGAGUGUGGACAUAGAUUCCAGGCAGCAGGAGAGUUGGACUAAGAAGAACAGGCUUGUCCAACACUCGGGCCGUGGGCCACAAUCCAGUUCCCGAAGCCUCUGUAUCCGGCCCAUGGAUUCACAGUUCAAACAAUGGGAGGAAGCAUCUCAGAAGAGGAGGAUUAGAGGUCACAGUAAUAAGCUAUCACGAGCAGAUGAUGUCCUGUCCUUCGGAAAAUUCAAUGGCCCUUUACCGUACCCAGUGGGCAGAGAAAUGCUGAAUGCCAUUAACCCUGUCUCUGUGACCCUGGACGUGGAAACAGCAAAUCCCUGGCUUGAGGUGUCUGAGGAUCUGAAGAGUUUGAGAUGGAUCGGGCCUGGGAGGAGUCUCCCUGACACCGGGAAGAGGUUUACAGACUGUAUCUGUGCACUGGGAUCAGAGGGAUUCACAUCAGGGAAACAUUACUGGGAGGUGGAGGUGGGGGAGAAUCGGGGCUGGAGUCUGGGAGUAGCUUCAGAGUCUGUGGAGAGGAAGAGGUGGGUCAGUCUGAGCCCGGAGACUGGAUUCUGGACCAUUGGGCGGUUUGAUCAUCUGUUUAACAUACACUCCUUUACGCGAUCCCGUCUCCCUGUCGGUCAGAUCGCUGGGAAGGUGGGAGUUUAUCUCAGUUUUGAGUCUGGGACAGUUUCAUUUUACAACGCGAACACCAAGUCCCAUCUCCACAGCUUCACUGGGAAUAAAUUCACUGAGAAACUUUAUCCUUUCUUUGAAACUUAUGAUGGAAACCAGUUUCUGAGAAUCUGCUCCGGUUCUGAUCCGGAUCUGGAAAAGGGGCGGGGCCUUAGCGUGGUUACAUCAUCCCUGACGUCACAAAUGAAUUAACCCCAUGAUUAGGGUCAGGAGCAGAGGUCAGGGGUUGAGGGUUAGAAAUCACCAUUGACAACAGGUUGUCACUAAAUGUGUCAUUUAAUUUCCAAAUUGUAAAAUCCCAACCAGACUGUAAAUAAAACCAAUACAAAUAUCAAUGUCAGAGGAUUCAAAUAAAAUGUAAAUUAAA